CUGGGAUGCUGCAGUUAUAUAAAAUGCACUGUAAAAUAAUGUAUUAGACGUAGUGCCGACAACAUUUCUGUGGUUUUUAGUAGUUUUGGAGAUUGACUUGGGACUGGUUUACUUUCCACCAGAGUGACGGAGCUUCUGCCGUGUUACAUACAGUUGUUUGUUACAGUAGCUGGUGCGCAACUGAAAACUGCUUGCUGUGGCAUAGCUCGCUAACUAACGGUUAAAACGACGUGUAUCAGUCAACACUUCCACCAUCCAAUCAACUGAACAGUACCAACUCACUGAGUGGAGAUAGAUCCGACAGUGAAGUGGAUGCGAACAGUUUGAGGAAGCAGUUUGUUUGAGCUGCUUGGAAAUAGUUCAUUCGUAUCUUAUUUGGUCUAUAUUUUAAGGGUUCAUAGAACUGUGAGUUGAGAGGAAGCAAUAGUAAUUCGGCGACAUUGACUUUUCUCGGAAACCUGACGCGAGGCAAGCGGCUGUGAGAGCAGCCAGAGCUGCCUAGCUUGCUAGCUUGACACAUUCUUACCUCAAGACACAUCGGACAAGUCUACCACUUCAACGGAAUUUGCCUGCUAUGUGCACCUUUGGGAAAGGUGCCUUAGUACGGUCAUUCUAGCUGUGGCUAAGCUUAUUGCCAAUUAAGCGAAGAGUGCCAGAGACCUACGCGGGCCCUGUGGGGAAGCAUGUGAUGACCCACGCCAGGCAGAAGGGUUCCCUCAGCCAGUGUCGUAGCACAGGGAAGUGGGACAACUGCCCCCAUUGGCCACAUGGUGAGAUCAUGGGCGGAGCCUGGCCUGAGCGCACGCUCCGAUUUGGCAGGACCAAGAAGAGAGGUGAGACCAAGCAAGGAAGAGGCGGGGCCAAGGAGAGAAGUGAGACCAAGCAAGGAAGAGGCGGGGCCAAGGGGAGAAGUGAGACCAAGCAAGGAAGAGGCGGGGCCAAGGAGAUGACUGACAGGAGGCAGACAGCUCCAGAGCAGAAGAGAAAGCCAGGAAAGAGGCGGGACAGGAAACGGGACAGGAAGUUGUAUCCGCUGCGGGGCAGGGGAGGAGGUUCAGAGGGGGAGGGGCUUAGUUGUCAUGUGCUCCUUACCCGAUUGGAGGAAGACAUCCAGGAGAGUGCAGAAGAGAGGGAGGCCAACAGCGAAGUCAUGCCCUCGCCUGUGAAACGCAAACCCAGCAAAGAGAAGGGCAAAGGCAAAGGCAAAACCAGUGGACAAAGCCUGAAAAAGACUAAACCAAAAACCAAAUCCAAGUCAAGCAUCCCAAGCCCAGAGCCCAGUCCCUUUGUCCCAGAGCCUCGCAAACGCCGCCUUGCCUCUCUCAACGCCGAGGCGGUCAACAGUCUGCUACUGGAGAGACCCAGUGACCCCCAGCCAGCAGCGAAACAGGCCAGGAGACAACAGGACGAGCCCACCAAUGCAGAGGGUUCCUUGGAUCCAGAUCCAGCCAGGAGUGGGGGGGCUGGAGCCCCUAAAGCUCUACGAGGUGGCAGCGCUAAGUCCUCCACUACGCACAAAGCUCAGCCGUGCCAAAGCUCCAAGCAAGCCAAGAGGGUCAAGGCAGACAAAGAGGAGGAGGGAGGGGGAGUCAGUCUGGAGAGCCUGCAUGCUCCCACCCCAAGACGCCUGGCUGGCCUCAACGCUGCAGCCCUGCUCAAGCUAACCAGCUCGUCCGCCAGCAGCAAGCAGAGAGUCAAGCCCACGCCAGCAGCAGACUGCAAGGCCUCCCCCGCGGCCUCCUCCCACAAGCAGCCGGCCAGGCUGAAGCUCAAACCCAAGGGCCGUCAACACAAGCACAGGGGCAGGACCGCCGCCACUCGUCUCCAGGGCUGCGCAGCCUGCAAGAAGACUGGCUUCGAGCCCAAAGUGGAAUGGGAGUCCAGCGGCUGCACCCACCGUCUCACCAAACCGGGCUACCAGUCGCGCAGCAUGCUAGCCUACCCUCUGAAGCCUGUGAAGGAGGAGCAGGUGGAGGCGGAGCUGAGCCCGUACUACUGCUGCCGGCCGGAGGGCUCCGUGGAGUACUGCCACCGCCUGGCGCUCUUCCUGGGCCAGCAGGCCUACGCAGGCCAGGACGAGCCGCCUCUCAAUCCCGCCGUGACGUCCGUGAAGCGAGAGUGCCUGGUGACGUCCCCUUCCCUGGCCCACCCCCACGCGGCCCUCACCCUCAGCCCCCACCCCUGCCUCUGCACGGCCGACCCCUGUUUCUCCAGCUACUAUGUCCACAUCGCCCACCCCACACACACUGGAGCUCCGUCGGGAACCCUGGCCUCGCGACCUCUGAGCUUUUCCCCCUCCACACUGUGCCCUAACCGGGUGUCGGGCUCCAAGCUGCGGGGCCCCCCCGUGUCCCAUGCCUCAGGUCUGGCCCACCCGGCCUUCUGUGGCUCUGUGGGCUCGCCGUGCUACAGCGAGGCCUGCAGGGUUAGCGGCUACGCGUACAGAGCCAUGCAGCCCGUCGCCAGCAGGGGGUGCUCUUUCAGCACGGGUUGUUCCGGAUGCACUCACGGCAUCAAGACAGAAGGUUACUCCUCCCCCCAGGGCGAGCACAGCCCCUCCUUGCUGGUUCCCCCCUCCGUCCCCCUCUCCAGCUGCCCCCUCCCCAGCACCCCCUCCUCCACCCAGGCCAAACCCCGUCUCCUCACCCCCAUGUCGGACCGUGGCCAGCCCCCUGCCAGGCUAAAGCUGGCCAGGGAGUGUCCCCAGAGCAGCAAGCCCCCCAACGGCUCCUUGUCCCUGGGCCGCACCCGGCUGUCCCAGAGGCAGCCGGCCCCCACGCCCAGCCCCAGCCUCAGCCCCGCCAAACAGAAGAGGGUGAGCCGCCGGCGUGCCACCAACGGCUGGCUACCCGUAGGAGUGCCCACAGAGAAGGAAGUCUUCAUUGCGGGAGAGGAUGAGACAGCCUUGCGUCAGUGUUAUGAAGGAGUGGAGAGGGACGGCGAAGUGAUACGCAUCAGAGACACUGUGCUGCUGCGCUCCGGUCCCAGGAAGAAGUCCUUGCCCUACGUGGCCAAGAUAUCAGCACUCUGGGAGGACCCCAAAACAGGAGAGCUGAUGAUGAGCCUGUUCUGGUACUAUCGACCUGAACACACCCAGGGGGGCCGAGAUCCCAGCAUGCACUGUGAGAACGAGAUCUUCGCCUCCAGGCAUCAGGAUGAAAACAGCGUGGCCUGCAUCGAGGACCGCUGCUACGUUCUCCCUCUAGCACAGUACUGUAGAUUUUGUGCCUUGGUGAAGUGUCGUUCUGAGGGCGCCGCGCCCGGCAGUGCCCGCGUGGUGCCCUGCCCCUCAGACUGUGCCCCCCCCGCCCACCGCCGCCUGCCCGCCGACAUCGACCCAGAGAUGGUGUACCUCUGCCGACACGUCUACGACUUCCGCUACGGACGCAUUCUCAAGAACCUGCAGUGAGGGUGGCGCGAGAGGUCUCCCGACACGCACACACACACACGCGCGCGCGCACACACACACAGCUCCGCUCCUAGCCGAUGAAAGAUCGACGACCUCUAGAGUGUAUUUUUAGGGGACCUAUUAAGUCUGGCUGGUGAAGUGGGGGAAACACGGUGUUUGGAAAGGGACCCAGUUUGAAGCAUACGGGGGGAAGGCUGAAGCAAUGAAAUGAGCUCUGGAAGUUUUGGAGGGAGGAUACCAAGAGGAAUCCUGAGCUGGGUCAACUGUCUCAGACGGAGGAGAGAGGAGGGGAAAGGUGCAGUUUUCAUCCACUGACCCAGGCGAGCCUGGAAUGGACUCCACCACAGAACGUAGUCACGGGUGGUGUUGUUUGCCACGUGUUCUGCCAACACAGGCCUGGGCUCAGGGUUCUGAGGCGUUGUCAUAGGGACCAGCGAGAGUAGCCGUGGUUACAGAGAGGACCCGUGUGAGUUCUCUUGGUUUGUUCUCGUAAGUGUAACAGGCCGAGGGUAGUGUAAAACACACAGUCAUACACACAAUGAUUCAGCCCACACAGGGGGAAUCUUGACCCACACUGUUGUGGAUUUGCUUUUUGAGAGGACAAUGUAGGGUAAUUGGGACCACCUGGUGUUUGUGUGUGUGUGCGUGUGACACACUGGCUGACAGGGAAACCACAGAAGCAGGUUCAGAGAGGAAGUGGAAGUGCUCCCAUCCCUCCCUGCGCUGGCUGUGAGAGAGAGAACACGGUGACACGGUUGAGUUCUGUUGAACUUUCCGAGUCUCCUCCUCCUCCUCCUCCUCAGAAAGCAAGAAAGAAACUACAGCUAGGACCCCUUUAUACUCUUUUGGUUUUGUUUUUUAACACAAAAAAAACACUUCCUGUUUUCCAGUGAAGACCCCCCCCCCCCCCCGCCCCCCCCCCUACUGAAGAGCUUAGGACACUUAAGUUCAGCAUUUAAGUUCAGCUUUGGCCUAAUGACACAUAGGGUUGUUGAUGUCAAUAUCCACCUGUGUUGUUCCCUGUUACUUGCCUUAUGACUUGCAGGUAGAGCUUUAGGCAGCUAGUCCCACCCAGCACAUAGAUAUAGGAGUGUUAGAACGGACCUACUGUACUUCUGAAAGCCACACGGAUCGGUCACUGUUUUAUCAUGAUACACUAUAAGGAAAAGUAAUCACUGGAGAUUGACUGUAUCAAGCAAAUGCCAGUCAGAAGAUAAACCACAGUUCAUUUCCGCUGUUCUGUAUUGCUUUGCCUUCACCGGAUCGUGCUGGCCAGCAGACGCCAGGUGUAAUGACCAUCCUAGGUAUUCUAGUCAGCAUCCAUCAUGGCUGUCCUCCCACAUGUCCCGUAACCCUGUUUCUCUGGGUGGGAAUGUCUGCUCUACCGGUUCUAUUUCUAUAGCCCGCCUUCUUCUUCUCCAUGUACAGCUCUAAGCCCUUCCCCCCCAAGAUAAACCAAAGUAUGUCACACAAAACGGAGCCCUUCUUCUCACCCCUCUCUCCUCCUCUCUUUCUCCUUGUCCUCCGACUCCCUUGUUAGAUUGCACUAAUCCAUUUCCUUAAUUACAACAUCCAUGAUUGUUUUGAGAUUUGUUUUUCAGCUACUAAUGUUAUAAGGGGAAAAUACUAUGUAUUCUUCAUAUCUGUGUGCUUAGUAGAGAAUGGAAACCAAGGCUGUCAUGACUACUCUGUCAAAAGCAUAUAUUUACAUAAUUCACAAGUAGAGGAAUACGCCAGCAUAUUAGUAUGUGUUACCUAAUUGCACAACAUGUCAUAUCUAACCAUGAAAUAUGUACAAUGAAAGUCAUUCCCUUUGACGUUGAAUUUACUCUGGUAUGCCUAUAUCCACACUGUUAAUGUAAUUCAGAUUUGGAGGUGACAUCUUGAUGUAAAGUGCUCUGCGUUGGUAAUACCAUGUAACAGAGAUUGAGGUUUCUGUAAAGGGGGGAAAUGUAUUUGAUACAUUAUAUAGAAGUGGUGGAGAUUUUUCUUUAACCACGGUCAUUCAUCAUUGCCUUUCAAACUGCAGGAGCGUUUUACAGUCAUUCUUCAGUCAAACAGAUAUUUGUAUUAGAAGUGUGUUCUCUUUUGUUUUCUUACACUGCAAAUGUCAUAUUGCUGGACUUUGUAGUCUAAUGUUUUGAAUAUCCAAAAGCCAUCUGAAUCUUCUCCAAUGUCCAUUCACAGUUUGAAUCAUACCCCUGAGGAACAGCUAAACAAGCUUGUAUCAGAGAAACCAUACGGUCAAAAUCAAAUCAAUGGGUCAUUUAUUUCUAUCAAUGCCCAGAUUCUUUAGAAAAGUAAUAUAUAUUCUCCUACUUUACAAUUUCUCCUUAUCGAAAAUAUUUUAUUAUGUCAAUUUCCUAAGAUGGCAUAUGCAAUAUAUUUUUAGAGUUACUAUUUUUGACAAAUGAAAUUAACAAAUUUAAAAUCUAUGAUUUCAGUUUCGUUUUUAGGUUGAGGUUAGUUUGAAUCAAAUCACAAGACAGCAACUGAGAUUUGACCAAAUACAGGAAGAAUAAAAAUGAAGAGUAAUGUUUUGGUUGAGGUCUGUCAGUCAAGCAGAGGGGGUAGAGGAGAACGCUCCCUAGAUAGAUGUGGAACGAUGUACAGUAGCUACUGUGCAUAUCUGGACCCUUACUAAACUAGGAGCACCGGGCAGUCAUUG